AUCUACACUUGCGCGCUUCUAUCCCCAACCAUGUCCGCGAAAUGGCGCGCUCUGCAGCACCGCCAUCGCUACACUUACAGCGCCGUCGUCUUCCCGCAGCCCUUCGUCGACUCCUUGGCCGACCAAUCCUCGAGCCAUCCCAGAUUCUACGCCGAACUCCAAGAACUGACCUCCCUCAACUCGACCUAUUCCCAGGUCAACCAUGUCAAGCGGGUCGCUUCUUCUUUCGGCGACGUCCUCUCGUUGGCCCCCAACGACCACUCCCUCUCCAAAGCGGCGCGUCUCUACCUGGAGAUCAUGUUCUUCGAGAACUCCGCGCCGUUGCACAGGACUCUCGUCUCCGCUUUAGCCAAGGCGCGCAAUCACCAGGACUUGAUCUGUAGGUGCUUUGGAGCUCUCUGUGAGGAGUAUGGAGGUUCCCGGGGCAAAGGGAAGCGGUUCUGCGUGUCGCGUGCUGCCUUGUCGAUAAUGGGUAUGCCCAAGUUGGGAUAUUUGAUGGGUGUUGUGGAAGAUUGUGCGGUUGUGGUGGCUCGCGAUAUAGCUUACGGGUUGAGCAGUGUGGUUUUGGAGACUACUGGGUGGGCGCGGCCUUCGCCCAUUGUGAUGGAUCAAUGCCAAGAAGCCUUGUCCUGCUUGUAUUAUUUGCUGCAAAAGUUCCCAUCUCAGUUUAAUGAUUUAGAUGAUAAAGGUGUUAUGGAGAUGAUUGUUCAUGUAGUCUUGAGCAUACUGAAGCAGUCGUCUUUUUCACGGGAUUGUCUUGUGGCUGCUGGAGUCAGCUUCUGUGCGGCUUUGCAAGUGUGUCUUAGUGCUGAAGAACUCGGGUUGUUUAUCGUAGAAGGUAUUUUUCAAGGAAAUCCUUGUUGUUCUGGUGCUAUUUGUGAAAGUGAGAUUAGUGAGAUUAUUCUGAAGAUACAGUAUAGAGGGAAUUUGUAUCAUGAAAUUUGUAGCUUUUCUGCUCUCAGUAGAAUUUGCUUGAUCAGAGGAAUUCUUACUGCGGUUUCCAGGAAUGUACUUAACAUGCAUUUUGUUGUAGCAAGUGAUAAGUUCAAUGGAUGUGACGGUUUUAAGGCUGCCAAUAAAGUUGUUAAGACUAUACUUUAUGAUGGAAUUUUGCCUGAGCUCUGUAACUUUUGCGAGAAUCCCACCGACAGCCACUUCAACUUUCAUGCAUUGACGGUUAUGCAAAUUUGUUUGCAACAGAUAAAGACAUCGUUGCUCGCUAAGCUUGCCAACUUUUCGGAGGAUUAUGAUCCACUGAAGGAGGAAAUGGGGACCAGGAUACUGAGACUUUUAUGGAAAAACUUGGAGGAUCCACUUAGUCAAACUGUCAAACAAGUUCACCUGAUUUUUGAUCUCUUCUUAGACAUCCAGUCCACCCUUCACUGGGGAGAUAGUAGUGACAAAAUAAAAUUAUUCUUGAGGAAGAUUGCUUCAGAUCUUCUCCAUUUAGGGCCACGCUGCAAGGGAAGGUAUGUUCCCUUAGCUUCCCUGACCAAGAGGUUGGGAGCGAGAGCUCUGUUAGGCAUGAGUCCAGGUCUGCUAUCUGAAACGGUACAGGCCUACAUUGACGAUGAUGUGUGCUGUGCUGCAACAUCAUUUUUGAAAUGUUUUCUUGAGAAUCUGCGGGAUGAUUGUUGGAAGACUGAUGGUAUUGAGAGGGGAUACAUACUGUAUAGAGAGCAUUGCCUGCACCCGUUUUUGUAUGGUCUUGCAUCUGGGGCCUCAAAGCUCCGGUCAAAUUUAAACACUUACGCUUUGCCUGUUUUAUUAGAAGUUGACAUAGAUAGUAUCUUUCCAAUGCUUGCUUUUAUUUCGGUUACACCAACUGGAGAGGACGAUGGUUUCUCGCAUUUGGGGCUUAAUGGCGCACGAGCAGACUUGUCAAUUGAGCAAAAAGUUGCAGUUGUGGUAUCCUUGCUCAAAGUAUCUCGUCUGCUUGCUUUGAUUGAAGGGGACAUUGAUUGGCUUCAAAAAGCCUGCUUUGAUCGAACAGUGGAUGGGCUAGAAGCAGAAUAUGUCAGUGACUAUGCUCUUGUGUGCAUAAAGGGAAUAAGGAUGAAAAUCCUUGUUGAAUGGCUUGUGCAGGCAUUGACCCAUGUUGAUGAUUCACUGCGUGUAGAUGCUGCGGAGUUCCUUUUCUUGAACCCCAAGACGGCUAGCCUUCCUUCGCAUUUGGAACUGGUUUUGAUGAAAGAAGCAAUUCCAUUGAACAUGAGGUGUUCCUCAACAGCUUUUCAGAUGAAAUGGUGUAGUCUGUUCAGAAAGUUCUUUGCUCGGGUUCGAACAGCUCUGGAGAGGCAGUUAAAGCAGCAGGCAUGGCGACCUCGACUGCAUUAUAAAGGCACACAAAUCUGUCUUUCCGUUAGGAGUGAGGACACCUCAUUCAGCAGAGCCGAUGAUCUAUUUUGUUUUAUGAGAUGGUUGAGUGCUUUUCUGUUCUUCUCCUGCUAUCCAUCUGCUCCAUACAAGAGAAAGAUAAUGGCAAUGGAGCUCAUAGUGAUAAUGAUGGAUGUUUGGGCCGUUGCUCCUUCUCAAGAGAACCAUGUUUUGUCUCCUGAAAGUCUUCAUCCUUACAGUAGAGGAAUUACAUCUCCAGAUUCGACAUUCCUACUAGUUGGAUCAAUUAUCGAUAGUUGGGACCGGCUGAGGGAGAAUUCCUUCCGCAUAUUGCUACAUUUCCCCACCCCCCUUCCUGGGCUUUCAAGUGAUGAAAUGGUGGUGAAUAUAAUUGAAUGGGCCAAAACAUUAGUUUGUAGUCCACGUGUGAGGGAGAGUGAUGCUGGAGCUCUGAUGCUGCGACUUAUAUUCAGAAAGUAUGUAUUAGAACAAAGAUGGAUAGUGAGAGCAUCUGUAAAUGUCAUGUGUGACUCGCAUUCUCAACCAAGUGAGUCGAUGCAUCCUGUGAUGGACUAUGUAUGGUCUCUCAUCUAUUGGUUGGAUGUGGCUGUAGAGGAUGGCAAGAGGGAUCUUUCUGAAGCUUGCAAGAACAGCUUUGUGCAUGGUAUACUGCUUUCUCUACGGUACACUUUUGAGGAAUUGGACUGGAAUUCUGAUGCUGUUGUGUUUAGUAUGUCAGAGAUGAGACGUGCAUUGAACAAGCUCUUGGACCUUGUUUUGGAAAUUACUUCUUUGGCACUUUGGGUGGUAUCUGCCGAUGCUUGGUAUCUGCCAGAAGACAUGGAUGAGAUUGUUGAUGACGAUAAUUUUGGCCUAGAUUUUCCUGUGGAAGUGAAUGAUUUAGCACCUCCAUCAGAGUCGGAUAAAUGUUCAAAAGUAGGUCUGGAGCAGGUAGUAAUGGUUGGUUGCUGGUUGGCCAUGAAAGAGGUGAGUCUUCUGCUUGGUACCAUCAUCAGGAAAAUUCCUUUACCAACAAGUACAUGUUCUGACUCUCUAGAGCCUAAUGAUGGUGCUGAUAUUUCGGCUGUGAAAAUACCUGAGGCAGUACUUGACUUGAAGCAACUUGAAGCCAUGGGCUCUCACUUUUUGGAAGUCCUCUUGAAAAUGAAGCAUAAUGGUGCAAUUGACAAGACAAGGGCUGGAUUUACUGCUCUUUGCAAUCGUUUGCUCUGUUCCAAUGAUCCAGAACUCUGCAGGUUAACUGAAUCUUGGAUGGAAUUGCUUAUGGAAAGGACUGUGGCGAAAGGACAAGUAGUUGAUGAUUUGCUGAGGAGAAGUGCAGGCAUUCCUGCUGCAUUUAUUGCUCUGUUCCUCUCAGAGCCAGAAGGAGCACCGAAGAAGCUUCUCCCAUGUGCUCUGCGAUGGUUAAUUGAUGUAGCUAACCAGUCCCUGCAGGAUCUUAAGGCAUCCAACAUUGCCAUUGGUGGCCCCUGUAUCUCUUCGCCAGAAAAAAUAGACCAUAAGGCUGAGUCAGCAUUACCCGUUGAUUCAAAUGCAAAUGAAAGGACAUCGAAAAUUCGAGAUGAGGGCGUUAUCCCAACUGUUCAUGCUUUCAAUGUUCUUAGGACUGCUUUCAAUGACACCAACCUUGCCACUGAUACAUCUGGUUUUUCUGCUGAAGCGUUGAUUGUUUCCAUCCGCGCUUUCUCUUCGACCUAUUGGGAGGUUCGAAACAGUGCUUGUCUAGCAUAUACUGCUCUGAUGCGAAGGAUGAUUGGAUUCUUAAAUGUACACAAACGUGAAUCUGCCCGACGUUCCUUAACAGGGCUAGAAUUUUUUCACAGGUAUCCCUCUUUGCAUUUCUUCUUAUUAGAGGAACUUAAAGUUGCAACGGAAUUGCUUGACGAUGGAUCCACCAGACAUUCGGAAUCCAGCUUAGCCAAAGUUGUGCACCCAAGCUUGUGUCCAGUCCUGAUCCUUCUUUCCAGGCUUAAGCCAUCAGCCAUAGCGAGUGAGAUUGGCGAUGACCUGGAUCCUUUCCUGUUCAUGCCGUUUAUUAGAAGGUGCUCAACCCAGCGAAAUAUGAGGAUUCGUGUUCUUGCUUCUAGAGCUUUAACAGGCUUGGUAUCUAAUGAGAAGUUGCUUGGUGUCAUAGUGAACAUAGCCACUGAGUUGUCUUGUUUAGAGAACCAUUGCUCUGGAAUUGCUAUUCCCCAUAUGUUCAGCAGCACCAAUGAAGCACAGCACACUCCGUUCAAUUUAAUUCAUGGAAUGCUAUUGCAGUUGUGUAGUCUUCUGGAUACAAAUUGUAAAAACCUCGUUGAUGUCUCAAAGAAGGAGCAAAUUCUCAGUGAUCUAAUCCAACUUUUGGCCAAAUGUUCAUGGAUUGGAAGCCCUAGAUGGUGUCCUUGUCCUCCUGUCAACACUACUUUCUUAAGGGUCCUGGAUCACAUGCUCUGUGUUGCCAGGGGAUGCCGAUCAGGUGAAACCAUUUUUGACAUCCGAAAUUUACUUUUGGAGCUGACAGCAGAAUGCUUAGAUUUGGACGGUUCUUGUGUGCUUCCUUACUAUGAUCCAGCUGUUCCUGAAUUGCGCGAACAGUCAGCUACCUCAUAUUUCAGCUGUUUCUUCCAAGUAUCUAAUGAGAAGACUGGAGAAAAUAUUCAUUUGUCCCAGAAAAAUGGCCCAUCUGACAUCAAUUUAUUGGAACCCGAAACACUUGCUGCUUCUUGCCAGCUCCAGGAAAAGCUAGUCUGCUGCCUUUCAGAUUCAUUAUAUGAAGUUCGGCUUGCAACAUUGAAGUGGCUGCUGAAGUUCCUGAGGAUUAUGGAAUCUGGCUGUCAUGGCCAUUAUUUCUCACGCAGAGAGAUUGCAUCUGUUCAACAGUGGAUGAAUGUUAACCUCCAGGAUACACUAAUGAAGCUUCUGUCCUUGGAGAAGAACCACAAGUGCACAAAUUACAUAUUACGAAUUUUCUUCACUUGGAAUUUACAGCAAUAUAACCAAGUUGGCAGUGAAACAGACGUAGGUACUAAGUUCGUGGGUGUGAUGGACUGUGAUACCGUGCUGCAAAUCUGGGGCAGAUUACUUUCCUUGUACAACAUUGUAAGACAUGCUAAAACGAGGGGUACCCUUAUAUGCUGCAUGGGUGUAUGUAUAAAGCGGUUGGCAGGUCUACUUGCAAACUCUAUUUUUGAUGGUCUAGGGAAGACCAUAAAUGAGUGUUUGGUUCAACUGGAGAGACAGAACCAACUAUACGGAUGCAUCUCUAUGUUCAACAAGCUAAUUGAACUGCACAGUACCUCAUCUGAACCCGUAAGCAUGCGCAGUGCAGCCGCUGAAUCCAUCAUAGCAUCUGGUAUGCUGGGACAAGCUGAGGUUAUUGGUCCUCUGUUCCGCAACGAAAUGCCAGCAGAAAGUAGACCUUCCUUUUUGGAUACAAAAGAAAUUGCAAUUAUGUAUGCUCAUCAAGUACUCAAGAUGUGGUUUACUUGUGUAAGACUGUUGGAGGAUGAAGAUGAUGGGAUCAGGCAGAAGCUGGCUUCGAAUGUCCAAAAAAGUUUUGCGACGAGACAAUUGUUGGGAAGAUCUAGUGCUUUCAGUGUUCCUACGCAAGUGGAAAAAGUACUCAAAUCGAGCUUCGAGCAUCUCUCAUCUAUUUUUGGUCACUGGGUCGAAUAUUUUAAUUAUCUUGCCCUGUGGGUGCUUGAUGUGGAAAAAUAUGAAAAGUCAAGAGGGGAUCUAGUCAGACGUGUUUUCGACAAAGAAAUUGACAACCAUCACGAAGAAAAACUGCUGAUUUGUCAAAUCUGCUGCUUACAUAUGGAGAAACUGUUCAUAUCUAGUUCCUGGGCACUGAACUUGACUGAAGAAGACAGUAUCAAGAAGAAUCUAUAUGCCUGGAGAAUGAGAUUCUUCACUCAGUUGAUAAUGUUUGGCGAGGAUCAUAUGACCAAAGAAGAUGAUGUUUUCUGGAUUGGUGGGGUCGGUAACCACAAGGACGCCUUUUUGCCGCUGUAUGCUAAUCUUCUUGGCUUUUAUGCCCUCUCCAAGUGCCUUUUAAGUGAGGAUGGUUUUCCUAGUGAUCCGGAGUUAGCAUCGGAUGUGGUUAAACUUGCGAAAGCUCUCUCUUUGUUUCUUAGGAACCCUUUGAUUCUCAACCUGUUCUGUUUGGUGGUUGAAUUACAUGACAGAAAGCUCAACCUCUCUGCUGAUAUCUCUCUUCUUACGGGUAGGACUGAUGAUUUGCUGUGGGAUAGUUUUGAUCCUUACUUUCUUCUCAAGUGAUAACUGAAAAGUAGUAACAGACAAGUUAAAGCACCAGACUCCAAAUGAGUUGGUGCAAAUUGGUUUGCUAUAUAUAUUUUUUGUUGUAAUAUAUUAUUUGGGCAGGUGUAAGGAAACACUUGUACUGGGCCAUGUAAAGGAUCUCAAUCUAGUUUGCUA